UCUUCCCACCUAUAAUUCUCCUCUCAAAACCCAAUUCCUGCCACAACCACUCACUCGCUCCUCUCGUUUCGCAGAGAAGAGCGAGAAAGUACGAACUAGAGAUCAUUCAUGGCCGCUUCAUCUUCCAUCACCGCUGCGCAGGCCCUCCUAGGGCGCACCAUGUCCAGCUACGGUUCGGUCGCCCCAACCCUACCGGACCGCCUCUCUCUUCCGGCCGGGUUCGGUCUUAGCUCGUUCUCCGGCGGCGCUGUCAAGGCCGUACCACGCCGGCGAGCCGCCGUGGAACCACGGCGCCGGGCGUCGAAUCCUCGUGCAGCGGCGGUCGAGACGCUGGAGGGGAAAACCGGAACGGUGGCUCUGAUCGAGAAAUCGAUCAAUACGAUCCGGUUCCUCUCAAUCGACGCCGUCGAGAAGGCGAAUUCAGGUCAUCCGGGGCUUCCCAUGGGAUGUGCUCCAAUGGGUCACAUCCUUUACGACGAGGUCAUGAGAUAUAACCCCAAGAACCCUUACUGGUUUAAUCGUGAUCGCUUCGUGCUCUCCGCCGGCCAUGGAUGCAUGCUCCAGUAUGCGCUGCUCCACCUCGCUGGGUAUGAUAGCGUCCAGGAUGAGGACUUGAAGCAAUUCCGCCAGUGGGGAAGCAAAACGCCAGGGCAUCCCGAGAACUUCGAAACACCUGGUGUUGAAGUCACAACUGGUCCUUUGGGUCAGGGAAUUGCCAAUGCUGUUGGAUUAGCACUUGCUGAAAGACAUCUUGCAGCUCGUUUCAACAAGCCAGACAAUGAGAUUGUCGAUCAUUAUACAUAUGUUAUUGUUGGUGAUGGUUGCCAAAUGGAGGGCAUUUCCAAUGAAGUUAGUUCUCUUGCUGGGCACUGGGGUCUUGGAAAACUUAUUGCUUUCUAUGACGAUAACCACAUAUCUAUUGAUGGGGACACUGAGAUUGCAUUUACUGAAGACGUAAGUGCCCGGUUUGAGGCUCUUGGUUGGCACACUAUUUGGGUGAAGAAUGGAAACACUGGAUAUGAUGACAUUCGAGCUGCAAUCAAGGAAGCAAAGGCUGUCAAGGAUAAGCCCACAUUGAUCAAGGUUACAACAACCAUUGGCUAUGGCUCACCAAACAAGGCAAACUCAUACAGUGUACAUGGAAGUGCUUUAGGUGCAAAAGAAGUUGAUGCAACCAGGCAGAACCUUGGCUGGCCCUAUGAGCCUUUCCAUGUGCCUGAAGAUGUCAAAAGCCACUGGAGUCGCCAUGUCCCAGAAGGUGCUUCUCUUGAAGCAGAAUGGAAUGCCAAGUUCGCAGAAUAUGAGAAGAAGUACAAAGAGGAUGCAUCAGAACUAAAAACCAUCAUCUCUGGAGAACUUCCUUCAGGAUGGGAGAAAGCACUCCCGAGUUACACACCUAAGAGCAGUGCCGACGCUACUCGGAAUCUCUCGCAGCAAUGCCUUAAUGCUCUUGCUACAGUCCUCCCUGGUUUCCUUGGAGGUAGUGCUGAUCUUGCAUCCUCCAACAUGACUCUGUUGAAAAGUUAUGGAGACUUCCAAAAAGCCACUCCUGAAGAAAGAAAUCUACGUUUUGGUGUUAGAGAACAUGGAAUGGGUGCCAUUAGCAAUGGCAUUGCUCUCCACAGUCCUGGCCUCAUUCCCUACUGUGCAACUUUCUUUGUCUUCACUGACUACAUGAGGGCUGCAAUAAGAAUAUCAGCCUUAUCUGAAGCAGGAGUCAUAUAUGUCAUGACUCAUGAUUCCAUUGGUCUCGGUGAAGAUGGUCCAACGCAUCAGCCCAUUGAGCAUUUAAUGAGUUUCCGAGCGAUGCCCAACAUUUUAAUGCUCAGGCCUGCUGAUGGGAAUGAGACUGCUGGUGCUUACAAGAUUGCAGUCCUUAACAAGAAGAGGCCAUCAAUCCUUGCCCUCUCCAGGCAGAAGCUUCCUCAGCUUCCAGGGACUUCCAUCGAAGGAGUUGAGAAGGGAGGGUACAUAGUCUCUGACAAUUCUUCUGGCAACAAGCCAGACCUCAUUCUUAUGGGCACUGGCUCUGAGUUGGAAAUCGCCGUCAAAGCUGCCGAUGAGCUGAGGAAGGAGGGAAAGACGGUUCGAGUCGUGUCUCUUGUUUCUUGGGAGUUGUUUGAUGAGCAAUCCGAUGAGUACAAGGAGAGUGUCUUCCCUGAAGAUGUCACUGCCAGGAUUAGUAUUGAGGCUGGAGCAACGUUCGGCUGGGAAAAAUUCAUUGGUAGCAAGGGAAAGGCAAUUGGCAUCAACCGGUUCGGUGCUAGUGCUCCUGCUGGCAAAAUCUACAAGGAGUUUGGUUUGACACCUGAGAAUGUCGUUGCAGAAGCUAAGAGUUUAUGAGUUUCUAUAGUUUGAAGCCCCAUCAAGAAGAGUUGAGGACAGUUCGGUUUGACAUGAAUUCAAAUCUGUCUUCUGGCUAUAAAGUUUCAUAAUUUUGCUUGCACUUUUUCCUGGUCUAUGUGUCAUUGAAUCUGAUUGUUGGAUCAAACUGAACUUUCUAUCAAUCCACUUGUUUUCUUAAUGCUAUACAUGAGGAACUUUCUAUCAUUUUCUUCUUCCUUCCACCGUCAAAUCCUGUGUUAUUUAAUGCAAAAUUUGUGAAUCUUCCUUCUGUAAAUUGCAAACAUUGAUCAUUGUAACAAUAAAUAAGACAUGAAGAAUUUGAAUUUUUGCCUGCUAAA